UGUAUAACUAGUGUAGAUGAUUCAAGGCUUCAUUUGAUUGAGAGAAUAUAUUCUAUCUACACUAUAAUAAUAUCCAUUGCAGUCCGUCCGCAUCAAAUGAGGUCAAGCGAACCCGCCCGAUCCUCGGUUAUUCAAGUACAUAUACUGAGGUGUACCUCUUCCUCUUCCUCUUCCGCGAUCAAACUAGCUGUGUAGAUGGAAUCAUUUCAUCUUCUCCCCCUCUCAAUCUACCAGUAAAGCGUGAUCUUCCAGAGAAACACCGUCCUGCGCUCGACAUCAUUGAUCCCCGCAUCCCGCAAUAUGACGACCUCCCUCCAAGAGAAGCUAGAUAUCCUACGAAACUACUCUGCAUGCGACGUAUCAGAUGCGCUCCUCAAACUCCAAACCCCCGCAGAGGGAGCCGCAGAACGAGCAGGCCAUCUAGCCGACUUCACCCCCUUCUCGCCCAUGCUCGGCCGCAACACAGCUCUCCCCAAAGUCAUCGCCCCCGCCUCAACAAUCAAAUUCAUCCCCAAGCACGCCGCUAUCCCGACCACAGAGACCCACGGCUUCCCACCCGGAACACACUGGGUAGACUGGGCCGAACCGGGGACAAUCGUGCUCGUGGACCAGCCCAGGGGCCAACACUGCGCCGUCGUCGGCGGGAUCAUGGGCAUGCGCAUGAAAGCUCUUGGCGUCAGGGGCGUCCUCGUCAACGGGAGGAUCAGAGAUUUGACGGAAUUGCAUCAGGCAGAGUUGCCGGUUUGGGCGCUGGGGACGUCGACGGUGGGGACGGGGGCGGAGGCGAAGCCAGCGGCGAGGAAUGUGGCUGUUGAUGUUGGGGGGGUGGUUGUUGAGCCUGGAGAUAUCAUCUUCUGUGAUCCGUUAGAAGGCGUGGUUGCUAUUCCUCGCAACUUGCUUGAUCGGGUUCUCGAGGUGAUGCCGAAACUAACUGCUAUGGAUGAGAGGGUUAAGGACGCGGUUGGGAACGGAUCGAGUGUUUUUGAUGCUUUCAAGGAGUUCCGGACUAAGAUUUGAGCUGUGGUUAUUUAUACUCAUAUCCUGCCUUUUUUUUUCUUUACCAGGCUACAGUUUUCUACUGCUUGCAGGUAGUGUCUGGAACUGGGGGAGCAAAGCGUUAUUGUUGAUAUAACGUACAAUACAUUUAUGAUAUCCUCACACAUAUACUAAACUAUCGCUGCACAUGGGGAAAAAAAAAAAAAAAAAGGAAACAUGAAAGGGGGAAUGAAUCUACCUAGCUAAUGAAACCAGCUCAUUCUUUUUGUUUGUUUUGAAUUUGAAUUUUUGGGAAU